AUGGCGCUAGUCCCCGCGCAGGUUACACGUCUCGCUGCUGCACGGCACGGCCCCCAGCACCUCCUCGGUGUUGGGGUGUUACCAGGAAGGGUUCUUCAUGCUCCCGAGGGCCGGGGGCUGCAGGCAGGCUGGGGACAGGCUGCUGAGGCACAGGUGCAGCUGAGGGCACGGCUGGUUUCUCCUCUUCCGCGUGGGAGAUACCUGAUGGUGCCACCACCACGUGAACCUGUGUCUUCGGCUCCACAGAGGGGCAGCACCGACUCAUCGGAGCCAUCAGCACAGUUGGGGUGCCCGUCGCAGACCUGCUCUCUGGAGAUGCAGCUGCUGGAGGUCAGCACAAGCCCGCAGCGGGGCCGGGCACGGUGGGGCCAGCACGCAGGUCACCUCGUGCACCAGGCGGUACCCGAGGGAACAGCGGCACUGCCGUCCCGUGGGGUUGGGCAGGCAGAGCUGGCUGCAGCCCCCGUUGCUCUUCGCACAGCCGUGGGUGCCUUCUUGCGAGACCUGGCUGUAAAUCCUCAAGGCUACCAGCUCCUGCUCCAUCGGGAACCACCAGCUCUUAGCCUGCUCCAGUCGGCUGUGCCAGACCUUGCUGGAGCCGUUAGUCGAGGCUGUGGUCCAGAGCAGAAAGCCGUCUCCGAUGGCAAAGAGCGAGAGGCCAUGCAGCCCUUCCCGCACCAGACGGAAGUGGGAGCCAUCCAGCUCAAUGCUGCCGAUCGCACCCCUCUCCCGGUCUGCCCAGUACAGCCUGGUGCCAGCACCCCCAAAGGCAAGGCCAGCAGGAGACCGGGCUCUCCUCCAGAGCGCUCUGCGGCCGGUGCCGUCCAUGGCCGCGCACUCCACCGUGGCGCCAGGCCCCCGCCUCCCCGCCGCGGUGACAAAAGCACAUGGUGGACGCGCGGGGGCAGAGCGCCAGCCAGGCAGCCCCCUGCAGCCCCUCGCUGA